ACAGGUGCAGAUGAUGAAUAACUUCACCUGCUGUUAAACAGUUUCAUAAGUUUAAGAGGGAUACAGGCUUGCACCAAUUUGCUAAUAGCAUGCUUCACUGCAGGCUGCUGACCAGAAGAGGAGAGUGAAAGAUAAGAAAGCAAAACAAAUUCAUAGGCUACAACUACACCUGCUGCGUGGGCUGUGCAGCUUUUUUUAUGUAUUUUAGCCUGUAGGCUGGGACCCCAAUGUAUUUUCUAUGAGUGAAACUUCUGUCACAAAAGUAGCUAUAUUCCGGGUUAGUUAUACUGAGUGAAUGAACAGUGAACUGAACAGCUGCAGCAGCUGAGUAAACUUCUCAAAUAGCAAUGGAGGGCCCUGCCCCAGGUCUGCAGUUUUUAUUUGUGUAUUUGAAAGCAGUUGUGAUCCUUUAUCCACUCAUGUGGUGUACUUUUAGAUUAGUUCUGGUGUCUCUAAAUCUAAUAUAAUAAACAAAGUCAACUCACUUCCAUGGGAUUAAAUUACUGAUGCAUGUCAGGGUAUUUGCUGUCUGGUCUGUUUGAAAAAUAGAAUGCAAUUCAAUUUUUUUUUACUUGACAUUACAUCCGAUAUGAUUAUUGUCAAUUUUGAGCCUUCGCCAGUGCCGUGCCCCAAAUGACGCUCAUGAAGGUGUAUGAAGAAAAGAAACGCUCCAAUUAUUGCCAUGUUCGUGCUGCUGACCCACCACACCGCAUAGGUCGCGCACGCGCCAGCUUGGGAGAGCGCGCCCACGAGGACCCGGUGGCAGGACAGGUCAACGGGAGAGCUGAGCCGAUGAGAUCAUGGAGCCUGCGCCGAGGUCGGACAGGGUACGGCUGGGACUUCACGGUGAUGGAGAGGUGCCUGUCCGAAUCCACCAUGUCCUGCACUGUAGCUGAAACCACAAGACCUCUGACCUGUGUGUCUGGGAGCCUUCUAGCCAACAUUCACUGCCACUUUCUUCUAAUAGGAUUAAAUAAGACUCAGCCUCAAGCCCUAAACAAUCAGGGAUGGACAGGUGAAAACUGAGAGGCUGAGGGGUGGCCUGGCCUUUAUUCUAAACCUCGUUAUUCAUUCUGGUUCCGUAAAGGGACAUGAAAAUAUAACCGUUUCCUCUUGGAAGUCCACUUUUGCCAUAUAAAAAAUGCCUUUAAACAUUAGAGCCAAGCCCUCGCAGAGCAAGCUCUCUGCUGGCCCAAAGAGUAGUGGGCACACUGAUGGCAGCACAUCUCAUUCACGCUUUUCCAGAUCCCCCAAACAGGGGAAAGGCAAACAGGCUGUAAGUUCAGCACCAGGCUCCCGCUCGGGGCUAGAACCAGGCUCUGUGUCAGGGGGUGGGCCUGCCCCAGCAUCUAAAUUGACUGGAAGUCAAGGGUCAGUGUCGAGGCCAGGUUCGAAGAUCAAACCUGGCUCAGCAGCAGACAAAGGAGUGAGUCGUGGUUCAGCAACAGCUCCAGGGGGUAAAACCCUGUCUAUGGAGAACAUCCAGUCUUUGAGUGCUGCCUAUGCCACUUCAGGCACCAUGUAUCCCACUGAGCAAGAUUCCUUGGAACCCUCUGGUGGGUACCCUAAAGGCACCAUGACGCUGGGCAGGAGCACCAGCCGCUCCUCCUACACUAACCGGACAACAGCCAUGGGCAGCAGCCCAAACAUCACCUCCUAUGGGCUUCAUCACCCGUCAGACCCCUAUGGAGACCAGACCUUGCAUACUGCAGGGACUUCCAGUCUGCGGCGGCAGUCUGGAAGACAUCCACAGGCACUGGAUCCGUUUGCACGGGAACAGGUUUCCACGUUUGAUCUCCAGGCUCAGCUGAGGGAGCUCCAGAGGGACAAUGACAACCUGAGGAGGGAACUGGACGGAGGGAGGGACGGAAGGACAGGACCUGGCACAAACAAUGUCAACUUCUGGGGCCCGGAGGUGAAAAGAGAGAAGGGGGUUAGGCUGGAGGAAGGAGUGAGAACCUCUGUGCUGAAGGACCAGUACAGGACUAACCAAGAGGUGCAGCAGCUUCCAUUGACCGUUCAGGAGCUUCAGGAGGAGCUGAGGGCUCACAGGGAGAACAGUCGCUUGCAGCAACAACGGCAGCAAGGGAACUCUGGCUCCUAUCGAGAACUCCAUGCAGACCAGGACCACAGAACGGGGCUUAGCCCUGGCCACAGCCCCAGACAAAGCCCCAGCAGCCUGCACAGUCCUGGGCCGAAGAACAGCCCGAGAGCCAGCCCAUCCAGCACUUACAAUCCGAGACAACAGGAAGCUGAUGUCAUCAUUCACAGCCCUGGUUAUGGCUGUAACACUGCAGUAGCUUCGCAGAGAAUCAGCCCAGCCAACACCCUUCAGUCUGGGCCGAGGAACAGCCAAAAUCAGUCCCACUACAAUUCUAGCCAGGGUCCGGUGGUAGCGCCAAGCUCUAGUUCACUCCGGGCCUGCAGCCCCUGCCAGGUGCCUGGGUGUGACGGUGUGUCCUCAUCUCAUCCUCUGGAUCCAUCAGAGGAGAAUUUCUUCCGGCUGCAGUCGGAGCAUGAGCGGCAGGCCAAGGAGCUGUCCCUGCUGAGGAAGACUAUGGAAGAGAUGGAGAUGAGAAUCGACUCUCAGAAGCAGACGCUGGGCGCCCGGGAUGAGAGCAUCCAGAGGCUGCUGGAGAUGCUUCAGGGCCAAGGACAAAGUCAGGGACACUGGGGUCGGGGACAGCGGCCAGGCAUCAUAACCAUGGCAGCGCAGGAGGCUGAAGCUCACCUGGAGAACAUGCAUGUGAGAGAGAACACCAACCCCCCUUUCUGUUUUGAUCCUGAUGUUAUCUGGCAGGACACCAAGAUCUCUUCCCUGGAGAGGAACAUCAGAGACUUAGAGGAUGAGGUCCAGAUGUUAAAGACCAGCGGCCUGCUGCACCCUGACGAGAGGCAGGAUGAGCUCAAGCAGGUGGAGGUCUACAAGAGCCAUUCUAAAUUCAUGAAGACUAAGGAGCAGGCCUUGUCACCCCGUGUGUCUUCCAUCAGAACAGCUCCCAACUUCCUCCGCACCAACCAACAUCCCUGGAUCACAGAACAAGCAGAAAUAGAGCAGCAGAAGCAGGAGCUGAACAGGAAGGAGGCAGAGAUGCAGGCCCUGCAGACCAAACUGGAGACGCUGACCAAUCAGAACUCAGACUGCAAGCAACACAUUGAGGUGCUAAAGGAGUCGCUCAGCGCCAAGGAGCAACGCGCCAAUACACUGCAGACAGAGGUAGAUGCACUGCGGGUGCGUCUGGAGGAGAAGGAGCAGUUGCUGACCAAGAAGAGCAAGCAGCUGCAGGACCUGACUGAUGAAAAGAGCACCCUAACAGGAGAGAUCAGAGACAUGAAGGACAUGCUGGAUGUGAAGGAGAGGAAAGUUAUUGUGCUGCAGAAGAAGAUUGAGAACCUGUUGGAGCAGUUAAAAGAUAAGGAUAAACAGCUGGCUGGGUUGAGGGAAAGGGUCCAGGGCCUUCAAACGGACUCCAGCAACACAGACACAGCCCUGGCCACACUGGAGGAAGCCCUGUCCGAAAAGGAGCGAGUGAUUGAGAAUCUGCGUGAGCAGAAGGAGCGGGAGGACAGGGUUCGGCUGGAGGAGCUGGAACAGAUGAGGAAGGAGAACAAGGACUUAAAGGACAAACUUUCAGUCCUGCAGCCCCAGAAGCUGUCCCAGAGUCAGCCUGUCAACCCUGGCCUGACCCAGAACCAGAGGCCUGAUGGAGAGGUGCCAGCCAAAGUUGACGGGCUACCUGCAGGAAGCCCCACGACCCAGAACAUGGACGAAGCACUCCGGAAAUGUCCAGACAUCACCGAUCGCCUGAGGCUUCUGGAGCAGGAAGUGGCUCGCAACAAAGAGGAAUCUGGGAGGUCACAAGCGGAGGUGGAGAGGCUUAUGGCAGCUCUGAGGGAUGCUGAGAUGGAGAAAUCAUGCAAGGAGAAGAAAAUAGCUGAUCUUGAGAGACCUGGGCAAAUCAAGUCUCCUAACAUCCAGAAGCAGACGGUCCCGGGUGAGAUGAGGAAAGAUGCCCUGACUGAUGGACAUUCACACUCUUUAUCGCAGCUUCCUCUUUCAGCUUCCCAGGAUGCCAUGCGGGAGACAGCGGAGCGGAUCAGGGAGUUGGAGAAGGCACUGAGGGAGAGCAUGAACACCUCCGCACAUAGGGAGGCUCUCUGGGCACAAGAGGAGGGUGCCCGUGUUCAGGCCCAGAGAAAGUUAGAGGAGCUGAUGGGGGCUUUGGAGAAGACAAGGCAGGAGCUGGACGCCACCAAGCUGCAUCUGUCCUCCACUCAGCAGUCCCUGCACGAGCGAGACGGACACCUUAAUAGUCUUCGCCAGGAGAGACGCAAACAGCUGGAGGAGAUUCUGGAGAUGAAGCAGCAGGCUUUGCUGGCAGCCAUCAGUGAGAAGGAUGCUAACAUCGCACUGCUGGAGUUAUCCUCUUCCAAACGGAAGAAAGCCCAGGAGGAAGUGAUGGCUCUGAAGAGGGAGAAAGACAGGCUCAUGCACCAGCUCAAACAGCAGACUCAGAGCAGAAUGAAGCUGAUAGCGGAUAACUACGAGGAAGAUCACAUACACCCCCAACAUCAUCCUCACCAUUCUUACCACUUGCAUCCAGGAAACGUGCAUCACCGAAGUCUGCCGAGAGGGCCCCACCACGCCAACCACCGACCCCCUAUGGACCAGGAUGAUGAAGAGGGAAUAUGGGCAUGAUGACCAUCGCCAUGGUAACCCUGCAACCAUUUGUCCACACUGCUUGUAGAGCCAGGUACCAAGAGGUUCAAGAGCUUCAACGGCAAGAAUGCAGACUCAUACCUCCCCACCAUCGUGACCAUCAGACAUACAUAUAUAAACAGAUACACACAUACUAGAUAUAUACACACUCCAGGACCCACCGUUUUAAUGUAUUGUGGACAAGCUCAGCGUUCAGCUGGUCAGACAUUCUCAAUCUUACUGAUGAAUGUCGCCUUCACUGACAAAAUGCAAUGGCCAACUGAGGACCUAAGCCCACUGUGGGUGAAUGUCCUUCACCAGAACAUCAGUCACCAGUGUGGAGCUUCGAGGUAUUGGCAAGCGGUCCACUGCCUUCUUUUCCCUAGCUGUUUUCAAUAGACUGGAAGCUGGAUUCACUUUACAGUACUGCAGUGCUACAGAGUUCUGGCUUCACAUCAACCGACAAUCACUCCACCACUGUCGACUACUGGUGUGGCUAAGCUGAGCCAGUGGAACUAGCUGUAAACCCAUGGCAAUCCCGGACUGGUUUAUGAUGGCAUGAAUGUGUUUACACCUGCAGCUAAAUAGCGAACUUUUAUAAAUAUCACAACAUGGACCUCAAAUUCCACAAUCCACAGAGACCUUCUCAAUGUACUGUGCCAAAGGAGACAACCUGUGUGCUGAAACAAAUUCCUGAAAUGAGACUGCAUCGGAAUCAUUUGUACUAGCCAGUAAAUGGUUACUCAUUUGUUUGACCAACUCCUACUUCCUGCAGAGAGAUCAACAAGGAAAGGCGCAUUUGGGCUUAAAGAUGCCCCACAAGAUACAGUUUGCGGAUCAACUCACACCUUCUCUGUAAAUCAGGACAUUUAUUAACAAGGAAGGAAACCACCGCUAACCUCAAAUCAGCCAGCUUACAGUCAGUUUAUACCUUUCUCCUUGUGUUCUUUUAGCCUGCUGUGCGUUUGUUUAAUGAACCAAUAUCAUGUUCUGUUUGCUUUUCUACAUCUGAAACAGUUUCGAGUGCCACUCUUCUUUUUUCUUUUCUUUUUUUGUGGAAAUUAAACAGCUGCGUGUGGGACUUAUUACGCUGAUGAGUGAUAUAUUAUUUUGCUGUCUAUUUAUUGAUCCUUUGAAACUGAGUGGCUAAUCCGUUUAUAAUGAAGUCACUUGCAUUUAAAAGCACUGCGUCAUUACUUGUUUCACUGUACUGGAGGUGUACUGAGGUGACAAUAAGGUACAGUAUUGUUGUGUUUUUAUUCAACAGUAAAACAGUGUUGCCAUUUAACCCUUACCUAGUAUGUACAGUUUUUGUACAGUGUGUGUGCAUGUGUGUGUCUGUGUGUGUGUGGUUUCAUGCUGCUCUCAUGAGUGUGUUGACUGUGAACUGUAACAGAACAGGGUAACAGAACUCACCCUUGACUUGUUCCACGGUGUUUUGCAGUGGUCAGCUUGUUUCUGUUGUUUGAAUAAAAGAUGUUUUCACAA